AUGGUUUCAAUAACGAAUGCACACAAUGAUCUGAUCCAUGAUGCAGUUUUAGAUUACUAUGGUAAACGUCUAGCUACCUGUUCUUCUGAUAAAACAAUCAAGAUUUUUGAAGUUGAUGGGGAUUCUCAUAAAUUAGUUGAAACUUUACAAGGCCAUGAGGGUCCAGUUUGGAGAGUUGAUUGGGCACACCCUAAAUUUGGGAUCAUGCUAGCUUCAUGUUCAUAUGAUGGUAAAGUUAUAAUUUGGAAAGAAGAAAAUGGUAGAUGGAGUCAAAUUGCUACUCAUGCUGUUCAUUCUGCAUCUGUUAACUGUGUUCGUUGGGCUCCACAUGAAUACGGUAUUGUGUUAUUAUGUGCUUCUUCUGACGGUAAAGUUUCUAUUUUGGAAUUUAAAGAAAAUGGAAUUUCUACUCCAAUUGUUAUUGAUGCCCAUGCAAUUGGUGUCAAUUCCGCUUCUUGGGCUCCUGCCACUAUUCAAGAAGAAAAAAAUUCUGUCAUGGCCAACAGUACUAAUAACAUUACAACCUCUAAUCCUUCCUCUACUAAUGCCAACAAUGGUUCUGUUAGUGACAAGGGAGUCAAAGAGUUACGCAGAUUUGUUACUGGUGGUGCGGACAAUUUGGUUAAAAUUUGGAAAUAUGAUAGUGGAUUGAAUACAUAUGUGGUUGAAGCCACAUUGGAAGGUCAUUCUGACUGGGUAAGAGAUGUUGCAUGGUCACCAUCAAUAUUAUCACGUUCUUAUAUUGCAAGUGUUUCUCAAGAUAAAACAUGCAUAAUCUGGACGCAGAAUGAUCCAAAGGAUCCAUGGGAGAAAACUUUAUUAAAAGAAGAAAAAUUCCCUGAUGUCUUAUGGAGGGCUAGUUGGUCACUUUCUGGCAAUAUUUUGGCUCUUUCUGGGGGUGAUAACAAAAUUACAUUGUGGAAGGAAAACUUGGAAGGUACUUGGGAACCCGCUGGUGAAGUACAACAAUAA